AGAGGCUCCAUGCGCUGCACGCAGCUGGGUUGUACUUUGUACUGCUGGAGAUCCCAGGCAGCAUAGUUAACCAGCUCUUCCAUCAAGUGAUGUUUGAUAAGUGUCUUUACACCCUGACAAAAUGUUGGCCUGGAGAGGUGAUGAGGAAAAGGAAGAACAACCACACUCAGAGCACUGUGGGGAGGAACACAAAGAAAGGAAAACCCUGCAGGAAUGGCAAUGUAAGAUGUUUGGAAGAGAUACUGGAAGAGGAGGAGGAAGAGGGCUGUGAAAAUGUUUACUUCUCAACGGAUGAUCUGCUGCAAAUUCGCAACUCGGUCUUCUUUCUUCUGAAGAGCUUCUUGAGGCUUCUACCUAAGUUCUCCCUAAAAGAAAAACCUCAGUCUAUACAGAACUGCUUGCAGAUCUUCGUUGAAGUGGCAAACUUUGAGCCAGCUGUGCAUGAGUUCAAGGUCUCAGCAGCAAUGGAUGUGAAUAAAGCCAAGUACAUUCCUGAGCUGGCCUAUUAUGGACUGAGGUUGCUGUGUUCCCCUCUGCAUGGUGCAGAAGAUAAGACCCUUCGCCAGGUCUUCCAACGCAUCCUCAAUGUCGUCCUCAUGCAGGAAAGUGGAGUGGGUUCCAGGUGCACAACCCUUGCCAUCACAUCAGCUGUGAUCUCUGCCAGGAAUCAGGCUAUAAAAUUCAUCAGCUCUGUUGUGGAUGAGCUGAAGGAAGCUGUUUUUCCUGUUCUCCGAAUCUUCCUGCAGUACAUCUGCACCAAGGUCCCAGACAAGGCUGAUUAUCGCACAUAUGCUGCACAGGCCUUGGUGACUUUGCUGACCCAACUGCCUUCUGCUGAGUUUGCUGACUUCAUCUCCUGGCUGUAUAAAUACUCAAGGCACACUAAAAUUGCCUACAGAGUAUUUGCUCUUGAUGUAGUGUUGGCUUUGUUGGAGGUGCCUGAAAGGAAUAUGGACAGCUCCUUGUCCCUGGAUCAGCAGAAGCUUCUGAAGCAUCAGUUUUUGGUGCAGGCCAUGGUGUUUGGGCGCUGUUCAGACAGAGCACCUGUGGUCCGUAGCAAGGCUUUGAGCAGCUUUGCUCACUGCCUGGAAAUGAAAGGUGCUCCUGCCUUGGAGAGCAUACAGGUCUUGUUGCAAACCUCUGACCACACAGCCUCGGAUGCAAACACAAACACUGCCAGCACGAUAGUCGGUGCAGAAGCUGCGUCCGACCAUCCCCUGAAGACUUUACCGACUUUCAAAACCGUGGAGCUGACUGACAGCAGUGACACCACUGUGCACAAUGGAAAAGAACUUCUGGCCAUGCUGAGGUUGAGAGCUGGGGAUGAGAAAACCAGUGUGAGGAGGUCUGCUCUCCAGGUCUUUACGAGCAUCCUGAAGCACAAAGUGAUCCUCUGCACUGCAGAAGACUUGUCUGCUCUUCAGGAUCACUGCCGGGACCCAGCUGUCUCUGUCAGGAAGCAGGCCUUGCAGUCUCUGACAGAGCUCCUCCUGGCUCAGCACUAUAACGUCCUAGUGCAGAAGGCCUGGUUGAAUGGAGUGGUGCCUGUUGUGAUGGACUGUGAAACCUCUGUCCAAGAAAAGGCCUUGGAGUGCCUUGAUCAGCUCCUGUUGCAGCACAUAAAAAGCUAUAAUAAAUUCAGGAGUGAGGACAAGGAGCAGACUCUAGCAUGGGAUCUCCUUACCCUCUUGGUUUCAGAAGAGCAGGAGCUGAACCGUUUCUUGAACAAAGCUUUUCAGUUGUGGUCCAGUCAGAAGAAGUUCACCUCCACUUUCAUCAGCAAUGUCAUGUCUCAUGUGGCAACAGAGCAUGCUGCACCAGCUUGGAUGUUACUAGCUAAGGUGGCAGGUUCUUCACCCAAGCUGGAUUAUUCCAAGGUCAUUGAGUGCUGGGAUGACAUCAGCAGGCAGCAGAACACCAGCACUGAUACUACAGGACACAUACUCUCUGUCAUUGGUCAUGUUGCAAAGCACCUUCCUAAAAGCACCUCUGAGAGGCUGAUUGGUAGUAUCAAGUGGUGGCUGAAGGGGUCUGGGUGUCCCUUGGAGGUGAUCAGCCCAGCUGUGGAGACUCUGCAGAAGCUGUGCCAUGCAUGUGCAGAGGUACCUGAGGAGGCACAGGAGCUGCUCAAUCAGGUGUGUGGAGAUUUGGUAUCCACCUGUGCAAGCUACAUUUCCAAUAUAGUCCUCAAAGAGGAUGGAGCAGAGCAGCUGCAGGAAGGUCUCUUGGUGAAACACCUCUUCAUCUUGGGUGAAGCUGCACAGCUGUGUCCAGCCAAAGUGGAGAAAAGAGUCUUCCUUUUAAUUCAGUCCAUCCUGGCUGCUGGCAGUGAGGACCAAGCUUCUAGUUGUGCAGAUGGGGAGGAAAUUCCAGCUUCUCAGCCCCUGUCUCAGUUCAGAGGAUCAGCCAUGCCUCCAGUGAUCAGAGCUCAUGCCUUCAUGACUCUAGGUAAAUUGUGUUUGCAGCACGAGGACCUGGCAAAGAAAUGCAUCGCAGCUCUGGCUCGGGAGCUGGAGGUGUCCCAGGAGGUGGCCGUCCGCAACAACGUCGUCAUCGUCCUCUGCGACCUCUGCAUCCGCUACACCUCCAUGGGGGACAGGUACAUCCCCAACGUCUCCCUCUGCCUCAAGGACCCCGAGCCCUUCAUCCGCAAGCAGACUCUGAUCCUGCUCACCAACCUUCUGCAGGAGGAGUUUGUGAAAUGGAAAGAUUCUCUCUUCUUCCGUUUUGUCAGUGUCUUGGUGGAUCCAGAUCCAGAUAUUGCUAGGUUUGCAGAGUUCUGCUUGGUGCAUCUCUUGCUGAAGAGGAAUCCAGCCAUGUUCUCCCAACACUUCAUUGAGUGCAUCUUCCAUUUCAAUAGCUAUGAGAAGCAUGAGAAGUACAACAGGUUCCCCCAGAGUGCAAGGGCGAAGAAUCUCUUCUCUCUGAAGGGAAAAGAUAAUAGAGAGAAGAGGAUGCACAUCUACAGGUUCCUGCUAGAGCACUUCACAGAUGAGCAGAGGUUCAACAUUACAACAAAUAUCAGCCACAGCAUCCUAGCAUGCUUUGUGGAUAUGGUCCUUCCAUUGGACUUGGAAGCCAGUGAGCUGCUUUCAGACACAUUUGAAGUCCUUAGCUGCAAAGAAAUUAAGCUAUCAACUAUGAGAUCAAAGCCUGAUGAAGAUGUGCAGCCUGAUGAAGAUGAGAUGGCAAUGGCCAAUGCUGUCAUGCAGGUGGCACAAAAGAAGCUCAUCUCACAGGUUCAAAAGAAGAACUUUGUGGAGAAUGUCAUCCCAAUAAUCACAUCCCUGAAGUCUUUGAUGGAGCAGAAGAGGAUCCCAGCUCUUAAGGACCUUAUGAACUACCUCCGGGAAAUGAUGCAAGAUUACAGAAAUGAAAUCAAAGACUUCUUUGCUGUGGACAAGCAGCUGGCAGCCGAGCUGGAGUAUGACAUGAAGAGGUAUGAAGAGCAGCUGGCCAGUGAGAAGGAGUCAGAGCAGGAGCAGGUCUCAGCAGCUCAGGCAGAGCAACCCCCAUCUUUGGAGGCAGCUGUACCUUCUGGUGGCUGCAGUGACAAUGCUCAGUCUCCUGUAAGUGGGAGGCAGUCCCUGCCAGCUGGAUCCAGGCCUUCCUCUGUGCCUUUGGAGUUUGCUACACCUAACUCUCCGAAGCAGCCAUUGCUCAGACACAGGCCAGUAUCCUUGAGCACCUUUGCUAUCCUGAACUCUGCCAGGAAAGUCAUGGAAUCCCAAAACAGGCAGCGCAGCAAGAGCAUUGGAGGACGUUUAUUGGCCGCAUCCCUUCCAUCCAGCACAGCUGGCAGCAAGCAAGCAUCCUUUCAAAGCCAGCAGUCUUCUGGAGGAAAUGUGCUGGUGACGGGCAGAGCAGUCAGCACACCAGAACAGACCGUUCAUGACUUGACUUUUGGUGCUGGGGUCAGUUACAUCAGCUUGACGCACACACCGGGUUCAGCUCCUCCAGGGAAUAAGGAGGAUGAGCAGAGAGACAUUAUCUGUUUCAUGUCACCAGAGAAACCCCUGGCCCAGCUCCGGGAGUGGAAGGUGGAAUCCUCAGUGAGGAAAAGCAGCAACCACCGUGGCCCUUUGAGACGGUCCCAGAGGAGGACUCCACUGAAACCAGAGAACUGA